UCCACCGAGUUGUUGAUCAGGAAAUUGCCCUUCCAGCGUCUGGUUCGUGAAAUCGCGCAAGAUUUCAAGACGGAUCUUCGUUUCCAGAGCGCGGCCAUCGGCGCUCUCCAGGAGGCUUCCGAAGCAUACUUGGUCGGUCUUUUCGAAGACACCAAUCUCUGCGCCAUCCACGCCAAGCGGGUAACCAUCAUGCCCAAAGACAUCCAGCUGGCUCGACGAAUUCGUGGUGAACGUGCUUAAGGAGCUUAACUCGCACAUUACCUUUUGCUAUUAUUAUCAGUAAUAAUUAUGAAUAUUUGUAACGAUGGAUGAAGUCUUUUCAUUCCGAUUUAAUAUUAUUGUGUUACAUUUCACUCUUAACGUAAAUCGAUACUAUGGCACAAUCCAUACAAUUAGAUGCGUAGAUCACAAGUAAGCUUGUGUCCAAAAUUUUAACAUAAUCUCGUCCUUAAUGAAUAACAAUUGUAUUUAGAUUAUUCAAAAGUCCUUUCUAUAUCUCGCUCCAUCUAAAUUCAAUGGAUUUUUAUCACAUAGGAGUUUGUAAUUUGAAUAAAAUUGAAAAUCAUGCGACAAAAGUACUUUGUACUGUGCUACGUUUGGCAGUGACGCUUCUCUUCUCUUUUUUUGUUUGUAAGCAGAAAACUAUUUUGAUGAAGGCAAAAACAGACCUGAUUUUGGAGUGAGUUUUUGGAAAGGAACUGUGUUCUUUGUUUACUGACUUCGCUGUUAUUUCGCUUUCAUUUUCAUGAUUUCUAUUAUCAUCGUUCUCAUUAUAAUUAUAUUUGUAAUCUACACAAUAAUGUGUCCUUAGAUAAGGUCUUUGAUAGUGUGAUCCAAUAGUAAAACGAGUAAUUAGACGAACACCUGGUUGUAAGAAAAUUAUGUGAACUUUGGGUCAUUGUAGUUCUUGUGUGACAGAAAAAUCUCCAUUUCUUAAAUAAAAAUAAAGUAUAGGAA